ACGCCACUGGCAGUGCAUCGUCCGCCAUGCACGGCACAAAAACGAACGACAAAAGGGCGUUGUCAUUAUUUCGCACAGAAAACGCCACGGAAAGGGGGAUAAACUACCAAACUAUAUACAGCACAGCUAGGCGUACGUCACGGAUUUUAUCGUUCCGAAAAUUUAUUACAGUAGGCUCUGCUUUCAGAUGCGGCAGUGGGUCGGCCCCGACCAAGGACGUGCGGCUGACAGCUGACGUCCCGUGAUUUGGUGACAUGUCACCCAGUAGUUUGUCGUGGCUUGCGUGACCAGUCCGUACGAUCCAAACGAUCUAACCUAGACCGAAGAGGAAAAUCCACGUUUCCGACGGAAAGCGAUGCGGAAUGGGCCUAGGAUGGCAAGCAGAGUUUUCUCAGUUAAAUGGAGUGUGAUUCUGAGCUAGAUGGUCGGAAGUCGAAUGGUAUAUGGAGGAGAAAGGAGUGUUUUGGAGGAGCUGGACGGGGAAGGAUGAUAACGAUGAUGGACCCCCUCGCCGCCGCCCCCCGAAGGCCGUCGUCGUCAAUCGACAGGGAUAAGACGUGUGUCCGCAUUCCGAACCGGACGUCAUCGACGGGAACGGGCGAACCACACCCAGAGAGUCGAGGUCUGUGCGAGAUGGCACAUAAAAACGGCUCAGAUCCAGCCCACACAACGCCGUCCCCCGGAUUGCGUCGGCGUCGACCGGGGCGACUACGUCGGGGCGCCGCGGCGCGCUCACCUUCAGAGCUGUGCCGGACGCUCAACGUGCCAGACGUCCCCCCAGAAGCCUCCGCUUCAAUGUCAAGUUCUUGGGUGUUUGCCAGUUGAUGUCGUUUGAACGGAACCCCCUGUACGUAUACUGAAUGUAUCCUGAGUGUUAAAUGUCCGGUAUACCUUCAGUAUACGUAACAGGAGGCUACAUUUCUACAGCACUACCAUCUGAAGACGGCCAGCUGAAAUGUUAACAUCUUUUGAAAAUUUUGGUACAGUAUUGAUUGAAAUUGAUUAUUUUAUCGUAAUACCUACUUUUAUAUGUUGUUAGUAACAAAACUACUGUGUAGAACUACUUUUUUAUUUAUACAUUUAAUCACACUGUGUUAUAUUAAUUCCACUUUGCUAUAUUAUAUACUCAUGAUGAAUGUGCUGUUAAUUUGUUAGAUUACUCCAGUGAAUGUGCAUAAAUUGUUGAUACUGUCUCGGAGAUUUCAAAGUGCUGUGUUAAUUAUUAAAUUAGUAUUAAGGUUUUUUGAUUAUUUACAAUGCGAAGGUAAAAUGACUAAUCGCUGUAACAUACAAAUGUUUGUGCUUCAACUUGUUCGCUUGAUUGAUUGUGUGAUUUACGAAAUAAAAGUUCGAAUUUA